AGUCUGCAGUAAGUUGGUGCAUUUAAAUAACAUUUUAAUAUAGCAGCUGCUCAGAGUUCUACUACCCACGACAGUCUUAUCUAUUACCGUGCUUCUACCACAGAAUAAAUGAAAUCAAUUAUAUAUUCGUAAUCACUAAUCAGUGUUCAGUGAAAUCGACAACGUUUCAGUUGUUAGCUUACGGUGUUCGCUGUGACACUGCUUAUUACUUACUCGUUUCUCGUUGUGUUUCCACCAGUGUCUCAACUCUCGGUCGAUCUUUGCGAACCAGACUACAGAGUUAUGAAAAUUAUGAAAAGCCAUGCAUCGAUGGUCUACACGCAUCAUAGGAACUUAAUGUCAAAUUGUGUCAUAGCCAAAGCGUAUUCUUAACCAGAAUCAUAUAUCCAGCAACGGCGUUCAAUAACCAGCACAUACGUCUUCUAGUCAAUCAAUUCCUACCAUCAACAUGAGUUCAGCUGAUCGUUCAAUAUCAUCUGGGUUUCCGAUACGUCAAUGGAUGAAAUCUAAAAUAAACGAUCGAUAUGACCUAGACCAACCAUCAUUUUCUCCAGAAGAAACAGAUGACAGCUUUUUUUUGGUUCGUUAUUUAAAACCAGACACAGUAAAUCAAAAACGCAGUGAUAACACUAAAAAUAAAUCAACUGAAGAAAAUUUAGCAGAAAAAACAGUUCAAAAUUUAAAAAAUAUGCCUCCAGCAUUAAUUGUUACGGAAACACCAGAAUUUAAGGGACAUACACUUGCUUGUCAACGCUUCAUUACAAAUACUUGUGCUGAUGCAGUAGCAGCUGCAAGUUUGGGUGAAAAUAUAACUGACCCUCCAAAAUCAUUAGGAAUUGAUGAUGGUUUUAAAAGUGGAGCUUCCGAAUGUGGUAAAUCUAUUGUGGCUAUGGCACAUCAAAUGGUGUCUGGACGGAGAGCAUAUCAAGGACGUUCUUCGGGUCCUCAAGAUAUUCUUGUCGUAGGACCGUCACCAUCAAUGUUAUCUAAGCGACGGAACAGCAAAUCGCUCCCAGCCAGUCCCAUAAGUUCACCACCUGGAUCACCACGAUUGAUGCGUAAAAAUCCUUAUUUCACAGCACCGUUUCAAGAAGAAUCAUCUGGAGAUAAACAUGGCUCAUCGUGGAUAUUAUCAAACUUAUUUUCACACAGAGCUGAUUCACAAGAAGAAUUAUCUGAUAAAGAAUCUAAGCGAUUCCCUAAACCAUUGUCUUCCACUAAUUUAUCCAUAAAACCCAAACCUACAGAGCUGAGAGAGAUGAACUUCUGGACACCUACAUCAAUGUAAUCAUUCAGGCUAAAAAAAUUAUUUUAUUUAUAAAGAUUUUCUGCACUUUUGGUUAUAUUAUUAAUUUGUGUUGUUGGAAUUAUUUUAUAUGUAUCUUAUUUUUCCCUUAUAAUCUCCUUAACUUAGUACCUGUAAAAAUCAUUUUUAGUUUUAAGUUUACGUUGUUAUUUUCUUUAUCUUUUUUUGUUUAAUUUUAUAAUAUUAAGUACCAAAAUAAUUAUGAUAUGAAGACAAUACAUUGUAUAGUGCGCAUCUUUUAUACAUAUAAGAUAUAACUGUAUGAGUAAUCUUUAUAUUUUAAUAUCAAUAAUCUAUAUUUAGACAAUUUUUUGUUUAUUAAUCACUCCUAAAAGUUUGUUUACAUUUUUUUUUACUCAAGUAUUAAUAUAAACCAAAUGUAUAAUAUAAUUUUAUUUCUCAAAAUUGAAUGAAUGCAAAAAUAUAUAUCAUUGACAUUAUUGUCAUUUACUCUAAAUACUGUGAAUAAUUUAUAAUAUGCAUAUAAUUAUGCACAUUGUCAUAACGGCAAAAAUAAUGUUUGUUUUAAACAGUCAAUUAAAAAAGUGAUGUGGCCAAUAGUGCAAACGACAUUAAGACAGUAAUCUAUCAAAUUAUCUAUUUUAAAAUUAAUUUGCUUUGCAUAUCAUACUCAUAGAACAAUGCUACAAUUGUAUCAAUGAUAACAAUUUAAAAACAAAUAAUCUAUGGUUUGAAUGAAUGAGCUAUAUAUUAAUAUCAAAAAAACUCAUUACAAUUAUCCAAGGUCAUUGUCAUUCACCGAUCCAAACUAUUAUUUACAUGUUUUAUUUAUUAUAAGCUAGAGAGAAAAUUAUUUCUAAUCUAUUUAGGUAUUUUAAAUUAUUAGUCUACUACAAAUCUAGGGAAAAAAGUCCCUUACCAACAAACACUAAACAAUCAAUGAUUAUGCUUUAAUUUUUGAUAUUAUGUAUUAUUUACUUUAACAUAAUGUAUUGUCGUGAUUUAAAUAAGUUAAUAUAAUUAUAUUUUUGUAUUUUCA